UCAUCCCACUACUACAAUUGGUCUUGAGGUUGCAUAGCUAAAGAACAUUUUGUUUUAAUCAAGAUGAGUAACCUUUUCUCCAAGAUUUAUCCACCCUCUAUCACAAUAAAUCAUCAAAAGCUUCAACAAAAUUCUAGUACAAUAAGAUGUUGUUCCAACUCCAAUAAUGAUGAACAUUUUAGUACAGAACACAAUGGUUGGAUUCUUAAUAGUUUCCCAGAAAAGAACCUAGUACAACAUCAACAUGGCAUAAUAAAACCACCUAGACCAAAAAGAAUCAUUCUUGUUAGACAUGGAGAAAGUGAAGGAAAUGUUGAUGAAAGUGUCUACACAAGAGUGGCUGAUCCUAAAGUUGGAUUAACCGAAAAAGGCGUAAUUGAAGCAGAGGGAUGUGGAAGGAAAAUGAGAGAAAUGAUUGAGAAAAAUGGAGGAGAUGAUUGGAAAGUUUAUUUCUAUGUUUCACCUUAUAAAAGAGGAAUUGAAACAUUGAGAAAUUUGGCUAAGUCUUUUGAACGUUCAAGAAUUGCUGGUGUUAGAGAAGAGCCACGUUUAAGAGAACAAGAUUUUGGAAAUUUUCAGGACAGAGAACAAAUGAAGAUAGAAAAAGCUGUUCGAGCUCGUUAUGGUCGUUUCUUUUAUAGGUUUCCUAAUGGAGAAUCAGCAGCAGAUGUUUAUGACAGAAUAACAGGGUUCAGGGAAACGCUUAGAAGUGAUAUUGACAUAGGAAGAUUUGAACCACCUGGUCAACAGAGUCCAAAUAUGAACCUUGUUAUAGUUUCACAUGGACUUACACUAAGGGUGUUCUUGAUGAGAUGGUAUAAAUGGACUGUUGAGCAAUUUGAAGGACUACAUAAUAUGACUAAUGGUGGCAUGAUUGUCAUGGAAAGAGGCUAUGGUGGAAGGUACUGUUUGUCAAUGCAUCAUACAAAGGAGGAGUUGCAGAAAUUUGGGAUGACUGAUGAGAUGCUAAUUGACCAAGAAUGGCAAAAGAUAGCCAAGCCAGGUGAACUAAACUAUGAUUGCUUGAUUACUGGACCAUCUUACUUUACUCAUUUUGAUGAUGAAGACAAGAUUUUUGAGUUGUAAGAUUAUCAAGAGGAGUUUGAUUCAUAUACACCGACAGUACAAAAG